UGAGUCAUUGAUACUGUUGUUAGUUUAUUACUAUGAAGAUUUAAACGUCCAAUGUUCACAGUGAGGUUGAUUAGAAGGUUGGGGACCGCACCCUUUUUUACGGGAAGGCCAUUCAGUGGUGUGAUCAACGUGAGGAAGGAGCUCCUGGAUCUGGUGGUAGGUACAUGCAAACUUUGUGAACUUUCAAACUAUCUUCUGCCUGAUGGGAGAGGGGAGAAGAGGGAACGACAAGAGGGUGUGAGUGGUUCUCAACUUUCCCGUGGCAGCGUGAAGUGUAGAUGAAGUGGAUGGUGGGGAGUUUGGUCUGUGUUCACAACUCUCUAGAACUCCAUGUAUCUCCGAGCUUUGCAUCUGCCCACCAUCCACUCCAUUCUUCUUGAAGUUGCGGGCGAUUUUAACUUGCCGAAUAUUUACAUAGAAACAUAGAAAAUGGGUGCAGGAGGAGGCCAUUCGGCCCUUCGAGCCUGCACCGCCAUUCAAUAUGAUCAUGACUGAUCAUCCAACUCAGUAUCAUGUACCUGCCUUCUCUCCAUACCCCCUGAUAUCUUUAGCUAUUAGGGCCACAUCUUAAAUUUAAAAAUUCCCUCUUAAAUGUAGCCAAUGAACUGGCAUAAAAUACCUUCUGUAGCAGAGAGUUCCAGAGAUUCACCAUUCUCUGUGUGAAAAAUGUUUUUCUCAUCUCGGUCCUAAAGAAUUUCCCCUUUGCCUUAAACUGUGACCCCUUGUUCUGGACUUCCCCAACAUCGGGAACAAUCUUCCUGCAUCCAGCCUGUCCAAUCUCUUAAGAAUUUUGUAAGUUUCUAUAAGAUCCCCCCUCAAUCUUCUAAAUUUUAGCGAGUACAAGCCGAGUCUAUCCAGUAUUUCUUCAUAUGUAAGUCCUGAUAUAUGUAAGGAAUCAGUCUGGUAACCCUACUCUGUACUCCCUCUAUGGCAAGAAUGUCUUUCCUCAGAUUUGGAGACCAAAACUCUACGCAAUACUCCAGGUGUGGUCUCACCAAGACCCUGUACAAUGCAGUAGAAUCUCCCUGCUCCUAUAAUCAAAUCAUUUUGCCAUGAAGGCCAUCAUGCCAUUUGCUUUCUUCACUGCCUGCUGUACCUGCAUGCUUACUUUCAGUGACUGAUGUACAAGGACAUCCAGGUGUUGGGAUUGAACUGGUGACAGCACUCGCAGCCCUGACCCACAGGAGGUGGACAUCAGCGGUGACCAGUGUGGUCUUCGGUUCCCGUGAGUGAUGAUGAAUCAGCCGGCCGUCGCUGAGCUUCUCAAGCCAAGAGCCCUCAUCGUGUCGGUGGAGAAGUUCCGCCACCCCUCCUUCGUCAACAGGAGCGGGGCAGCGACCGACGCAAAGAAACUCCACGGAAUCCUCUACAAACUGGGCUUCCAGGUGGAGCUCAGCAUCGAUCCCGACGCCAGUGAGAUCCUCCAGCUGUACAGGACUGAGUCCCAGAUGAGACAUGGAACCUGCUUCCUCUCCGUUCUCUCCAGCCACGGGGAGGAGGGAGUGUUAUACGGGGCGGACAGCGAGGCCGUGCGUCUCAGGGACAUUUACUCCAUGUUUGGAGCAGAGACCUGCCCUUCACUGGAGGGGAAGCCAAAAAUCUUCUUCAUUCAGGCUUGCCGCGGGCCGGAGAUGGACAGCGGAGUCACCGUGGACAUGGUGGAGACGGACAGCUGUGACCCGCGGACAGACUCCUUCUCCCACUACCUGGCGCUGCCCCUAGACAUGGCCAUCCAUUUCUCCAGCUGCCCAGAUUAUGUCUCCUUCCUGCGCCCCUCUGGCUCGGCCUUCCUGCAGAGCCUGUGUCAGGUGUUGAAGGGGGAGCAGAGACACUGGGAGCUGCUGAGGAUCAUGACCCGUGUGAACGGCCUGGUCGCACAGGGGUUCGAGGCUCGGGGCCACGAAUACGUUGGCAAGAAGCAGAUGCCCUGUUUCAUCAGCAGACUGCGUCACGAGGUCUAUCCUUUCUCCGGCAAGCUCUCAUAGAAACAUAGAAAAUAGGUGCAGGAGUAGGCCAUUCGGCCCUUCGAGCCUGCACCGCCAUUCAAUAUGAUCAUGGCUGAUCAUCCAACUCAGUAUCCUGUACUUGCCUUCUCUCCAUACCCCCUGAUCCCUUUAGCCACAAGGGCCACAUCUAACUCCCUCUUAAAUAUAGACAAUGAACUGUGGCCUCAACUACCUUCUGUGGCAGAGAGUUCCACAGAUUCACCACUCUCUGUGUGAAAAGUGUUUUCCUCAUCUCGGUCCUAAAAGAUUUCCCCCCUUAUCCUCAAGCUGUGACCCCUUGUUCUGGACUUCCCCAACAUCGGGAACAAUUCUCCUGCAUCUAGCCUGUCCCAACCCCUCAGCCUCUCGGCCGAGGCUGAGCCCCGAGUCCACCUCAGCCCCCCAACACGUCAACUCUCCAACCCUCCCCCUCACACUCCCAAUGCAGGCCUUUCGGCCCUUCGCAUCCGUGCUGGUCAAACAACACUCAAUGUGCGGCAUAGAAGGAACUGCAUAGAAACAUAGACAAUAGGUGCAGGAGUAGACCAUUCGACCCUGCGAGCCUGCACCGCCAUUCAAUGUGAUCAACCCCAAUCAGUACCCCGUUCCUGCUUCUCCCCAUAUCCCCUGACUCCACUAUCUUUAAGAGCCCUAUCUAGCUCUCUCUUGAAAGCAUCCAGACAACCUGCCUCUACAAGCCUCUGAGGCAGAGAAUUCCACAAACUCAUAACUCUCUGUGAGAAAAAGUGUUUCCUCGUCUCCUUUCUAAAUGGCUUACUCCUUAUUCGUAAACUGUGGCCCCUGGUUCUGGACUGGUUCCCAACAUCGAGAACACGUUUCCUGCCUCUAGCCUGUCCAAACCCUUAAUAAUCUUAUAUGUUUCAAUAAGAUGCCCUCUCAUCCUUCUAAACUCUAGGGUAUACAAGCCCAGCCGCUCCAUUCUCUCAGCAUAUGACAGUCCCGCCAUCCCAGGAAUGAUGAUCUAUUCUAGUAUUCUUGGUUACUUACAGAGGAAGCAGAUUGGACUUUAUUGCCUUCCAUCACAGUGAGGAAUGUGGAAUCCACUGUGGUGGAUGUUUAUGUUAGCAUUGAUGUGGUUGUGUGUCUUGUAGCAUUUCACUUAGUAUGGAAACUCAAAUUUCACUGGACCUUAACUGGUCCAUGUGACAAUAAACUGACCUUGUAUCCCCAGCAGUUUGAACAUUGACUUCUCUACCUUCAAGUAGCCCUUACUUUCCCACCCUCUCCAUCCCCUCUGCCAUCCCAGUUCUCCCACCAGUCUGUCUCCAAUUACAUUUUAUCUCUGUACCGCCCACUCCCCUGACACGUCUGAAGAAUGGUCUCGACCAGAAACGUCACCCAUUCCUUCCCUCCAGAGAUGCUGCCUGUCCUAUUUAGUUACUCCAUCAUUUUAUGUCUACCUUCGAUUUAACCCAGCAUCUGCAGUUCCUUCCCACACAAUGAUCUAGUCUACAUUUUCCUUGUUCCCCAUCCCCUUUGUCCUGUUUUCACACCUUACACUUCCUUAUCUAUGUAUCUAUCUCUCCCCUGACAUCAGUAUGAAGAAGGGUCUCGACCCGAAACGUCACCCAUUCCUUCUCUCCAUUGAUGCUGCCUGUCCUGCUGAGUUACUCCAGCAUUUUGUGUCUAUUUUCGGUUAAAACACCCCUGUUCCCAUUUAAAGAAUGUGACAUUACCAUUAGUUCUGGAGAGACUGGAAAAUUAAACAUGAGGUUCUCUGAAACUAUCUCUGACGGUUCACGGACGGCGAUGUAAUGGCAAGAUAAUCAAUAAAUUUGCUUUGCCCCCGUCAUAAAGUGCGUUUGUGCCCGUGAACUUGCCAGACAUCUCCUUCGAACUUUCCCCCUCCCACCCUCGAGCUACGCCCUCUAGUCUUUGACAUUCCCACUCAUCUACUUUAUCUACACCUCUCAUGAUUUUAUAAACUUCUCUCGGGUCUCCCCUCAGUCUCCGACGUUCCUGAGAAAACCAUCCAGGUCUGUCCGGCCUCUCCCUGUAGCUAGAAACCUCCAAUCCAGGUGGCGUCUGGUAAACCUCCUCUGCACCCUCUCCAAAGCCUCCACACCCUUCCCUGAUGGGACGAGCAGAACUGCACGCGAUACUCUGAAUGCCGUUCGCUAUUUCCUGGUGGAUAACUUCUGAAGUUGAAGCCGGGAUAAAAGAUGCACAAGACACGGAACGACGACAUCACACGUUUAUUUAAUUCCAUUUGAAAUGAUUCUGUUUCAGGGGCGAUGGCCGUGGGUGAGUACACGCAACAUGUAACACACGGCGUGUAUCACGCGACAGGUAACACGUAACAUGCACAGUGUGACAUGUAACACGCACCGUGUAAUAUGCGACAUAUAACACGCGGCGUGUAUCACGUGACAGGUAACACGUAACACGCAGUGUGUGACAUGUAACACGCACCGUGUAAUAUGCGACGUAUAACACGCGGUGUGUAUCACGCGGCACGCACCGUGUAACACGCAACAUGUAACACGCACAGUGUGACAUGUAACACGCACCGUGUAAUAUGCGACAUAUAACACGCGGUGUGUAUCACGUAACACGCGCCGAUAACACGCAACAUGUAACACGCAACAUGUAACACGCACCAGCCCCAGGUCACAGACAUCAUUCCUUUGUCGCAAAUUACCAACAUUUCCAACCGCAAGUGCAAAUCAAAGCGUGCAAGGGUAACGGGGUA